AUGCCUGCACACGUCUGGAGUGGGGGUGAGGGUUGCGGUUUAACCACGGAAACCGCUGGAGCACCUCUCACAUGGGAAGAGGCUCUUAUUCACCAGUUUGGUGCAAAGACACGUGGAACUCAGCCAACAAGCAGCUACGGCUACCUACGGCCGUCCAUGGAUGCGGUGAAGAAAAGAAGCCUAAAAAGAGCCAUCAAACGUGCCCAGCGCGAUGGCACCUGCUGGUACAGAGGCAAAUGCUACACGGCUGGUGACUUCAAAACGACUGCUGUGCCUGCAGCAACUGCUGCUGAUCAUGCCCAUGUAAAGCCGAGACCCACUCCUGCGGUCUCUGAUCAAUCCAAAUGCAACGCCCGACAUCAGAAUAAGCGCUACCUGCGCUAUUUGUGUUGGAACGGAGGUGGCCUGAGCCAACAUCGCCUGGACGAACUGAAACUCUGGUGUCGAGGUCAAUGCAUUGACAUUUUGAUUAUCCCGGAGACCAGAUGGCAAUUUUCCAACGAGUGGAGUGAUCCUCAUUGGAUGCAUGAGAUUUCAAUUGCAGCCUUCCUGCGGCUCAUGGCCACGUGGGAUGUGAUGGCUUCCUAUGGCAUCGGACUCAUCAUCAGGUUGAGAAGGCAUUGGAUUCCACCACAAGCGACGGACACCACAUCAGGCAUCUCUGCACAACAACGGGCUGCUGGCAGACUGGCCCAUGCUGCACAAACCAAAGAGUGGCACGAGUUCAUGACGGCCUCAGCUGAGCGUAUUGAUGCCUAUCUUGCCCAGGCUGAUCCAAGGGAUCCCAACCUUUUUUCUGAAUUGCAUCAGAUUGCAGGGAAUGUUUUCAAUGCUUCCUUUCCAUCCUUGCCUCGACAGACUGCUGACACCCCUGUGGCAAUCAUGCAUGAAUUUGUGCGCUGUACCUGGAAGGGAUCUCCAACUGUCCCCAAAGUGCCUUGUGACAUGACAGGACUUCCGUUCACCUUAGAGGAGCUCAGCCGGGCGCUGCGCGAGAUACCCAUCUCCAAGGCUGUUGCCAAGCCUUUCAGCCCUGGUCUGAUUUGGCAUGCUCACUCGCACCUUUUAGCGGGACAUUUGUACAGAAUUUUGCAACAGCUCUGGACGCAAGCUGAGCCAGUAGUCCCAGCUUGCUGGAGAGACGCCUGGCUUUUGCUCAUCCCGAAACCAUUGAAGAAACCAAGUCAUCCGGGCUCCUUGAGGCCCUUGGCGCUCCAGGAACCUAUAGGAUUGACCAUCAACACUUCCAAAUCAGCAAUUCUCCUCACCAUGGGUGGCACCAGCUACCGCCAUGUCCGUUCGGCACUGACCUCUCGCGAUCAUGAAGGAGAAUGGAUCAAAAUCAGAGGAUGCGUGCAGGAGUUUGUGCUUCCGGUUGUCAAGCAAACCAAAUAUCUUGGCACCCUGAUUAGCUAUCAGCAGUUUGAACUUGCCACCACCAGACACAGAUUGAGCCUUGCAAAACUUGCCUUCAACCGCCUGAAGCGCUGGCUCACCGCCAGACGGGGUCUUGCUGCAGAUGCACGCAUGCGAUUGUGGACAACAUGUGUACUUCCAAUUUUGACAUAUGGCAUUUUCACUGUCGGCCUCACCAAAACCUGUUUGCAGCUGCUGCAGCAGACCAUGUUUUCGAUGCUGCGACAAGUUCAUCAUGAUCAUGCUUUUACCACAGGUAGGACACAUGCAGAUGCACUGACAUUUCAUAACCUUGAAUCCCCGCUGCGGUUGCUAUGGAGAGCUGCUGACUCUCUGCAUCGGUCUGUUACCAAGCCCCCCUUGUAUCGGCAUGCAGAUGAUCUGAGCACUCAACUGGAUUGGACACCCUUGCAAAGCAUGAAGGAUUUGAUCCAGCAUGAACUUGACCUAGGUUUGGUAGUCCACGGACCUGUGAUGCCAGGAGACGAGGCUGACACUGUGGCUUUGCGCACUGCCCGACCUGUGGCACCAUUUCCUGAGCAGUCGAUGAGCCAGCCUGCCACUCGGACUGCUGAUACCCAGCCUGCAGGAUCAACUUUGAAGUUGACCAAGCAUGAGAUGGAUGCGAUUCACCGCCAUGAGUUUGGACCCCGUUUGCUGACCCUGAUUCACCAGCGUCGCUGGCCUGACCUGCUGCGUGAACGGGCUGGUUGCUCAUACCUGUCCAGACACUGCCUGCUUUGCGGUCAGUACGUUGGUAGGGCUCAGGCAAUGCAUCAACAUGUGAGAAUGAUGCACAAUGCAUAUAGCUCCCUGGUGCAGACGAAGGCAACCCAGUUGACCAACUUGCAUAGCGAUGAAACACCAUGCUCUGCCUGCGGAGAGAUGCACCGCCACUUGCAACAGGAACACAAGCUGGUGAGCUCAGUUUGGCAUGAGAGCCGUGAUAGCUUUCAGGGUGAACCGGUGUGCAGUCACUGCCACAUGCUUUUCCAGACGAUGGAAGGCCUUCGUAGCCACAUCAACCAGGGGCGCUGCUUGCAAUAUGACCCAGAUGCCUCUACAAUGCCUUCAGCAGUCUUGAGCACAUGGAAAUCAGCUUGCUGCAAUGGACAGUUUGAGUCAAUUUUGUCGGACUCCCGCAACAGGAUGAGAUUGACACUGCAUUGCCAAUGCUGUCCCAAACGAUGCACUCGAUCUGCGGACCUGUCGGCCCACUUGCAAAGUUCUCACUCCAGCCUUUGGAAUGAGGCCAAACCGUUGGUGCACUACAUGGUCCAGAGGUACUACAAGACCUUGGGCUGCAUUUGCAACCCGUCUUGCAAUGUGGUUCGACUGCAACAUAUAUGCCUGCCAUUUUGGCAACUGGCAAUGCAAUUCCACCGGCUUCCCAUGGCCAUCUUCAUGCCGGCCAAGCUGACCAUGACCGAACUAGCCAGGGCUCUCCCACAGCACAUUCCUGCUGAUUUGCGCUGCACAGUGGAACAGGCUCUCUUGCGGUACGACCUUGGGACGCUCUGGACAGAUGCCUUGCUUUUGGAUGCCUGCAGCAGCACUUGCUUCUUUUGUGGCAUUGACCUGCUGGCGAUGGAUCUUUUCUAUCAUUUGCAUGAGGCACACCAGGGAAUGCAUCCGGUUGUAAAGACAUAUGUUGCACAACUGCUUCAACAUGCCAUGGAUCACAGUGACAAUGAUUGUGCCUGUUUUGCAUGUGGCCAGAUUUCAAUACACCGGCUGUUGAGCCUGCGUCCCAAACCUGCCCAUCCAGACAGCAGCUGGUUCAAGCUCACUUGCGAGCUCAGUGUCCGAGCAUUUUGCAACUUGCGUUAUUGCUCACACACGUUCAUCAUGGAACUCCAAGAUUGGCAGAUGGGCCAAGAGGGAGCCUUGAGCCAGAUGCUGCAGACCUUCCAAAACCUGGCGCCGAUGCUGGACACAGGGCUGAAGCUUUCUCCCAACCCAGCGGCGCCCAAACGACAACGCAGACAGGACGGGGCCAUAAAGCCAAAAGAAGAAAGCUCUCAGCAGGGGCACGGGCAAGACGCCCAUCUCGACCAACAAAAACUGCUGAUCCUGAUGGCCAAGCUGCUGCUUCGGGUGGACCGAGACUUGCAGGUGAUCCAUCGAGAGACAACAUUCAUCUUCUACUUCAGCUGCAAGGAUCCAAAGGGCGUUCUCCCACUGAUGCUGCAAGAGGCGGAGACCUGGCAUCAAGCAUCCACGGAGAAUGCAUCGACGUGGAAGAGACCCCUGCGCCAGGUUUUGCUCCAGACCCUGCUCACAGCGCUGACGACUCGGGUCCACAAGCUUCUGGAGGCCCCGGAGGAUUCCCCACUGAUGGAGGCGGCCAAGAGCUCCAGGAUUCUCUUGGAGAACAAGACCAUACCAUUCAUGGAAUGGAACCCGCAGGAACAGAAGCUCCAGGUCUCACAGAAGACGCCCGUCAGUCUGGCCAAAAUGAGCGAGCACUGUCUGGAACUCCAGGACGGCUUCAAGGAUCCAACCUUGAUUCAGAAGUUCCACUCACUGCCGGCAAAACCGGACUCAGCAGUGACACCAUGGAGACUUCAGAUGUCAUCCCGGGAGGCCAGGACCUACGAACUCAUGCUCCAUCUUGCGUACUCCCAGGUCUGGACGCUCUUGGCCACCAGUCUCAAGCAGCACAACCUGUACCAGAGUUCCCUGGCGGCCACCAUCGAGCAGAAUCUGGGACUCCGCCCCAAGGGACAGGGGAAAGGGAAGCAGAAAGGGAAGGGUCACAAGGCCAACCAGGCCAAACCAGUGGAUGGGAUGCACACGGCUCUGCUCCAUCCGACCACCUGUAUCUGCGCUCACGUGGACAGAUGCGUGAUGGGCCCAGAUAUGACAGUUCACAAGUGCCUGAGCAGGAUUCAGCUUGAUGAAGAGUGUUUCUUUCCGGUCUUUGCAGAUGGGACGAUUCAGAGUGAUUUUCAUGCCUACACUGUCAUUGCGGCAAUGGCUCAUCUGGGACAUGAUGGCUCCGGGCAUUACAGGGCUGCUUUGCGUCUUCGUCCCAUGGUCCAAAAUCACACAAAUCCCAUUCAAUGGCUGGUCACAGAUGACUGGCGUGCACCGGAGGCGGUCUGGACCCUCCAAGAUUGGUUGCUUGAGAAUGUGACGUUGGUUUGGCUGGCGAGAUCAGAUUCCAUUCGCCUGCCAUUUUACCGACAGGACAUGCAGCUGCCUCGAACCUCAGUGACUGAAUUUUUGGACAUGCUUACGGACCCAAGCACGUGA